CCGGCGCCCAAGGCCUAGAGCGUAGGCGGGAUGUGGGCCGCGCGUCUCUCUUUCUUGCUCCGGGCCGCCUUUGGCACUCGGGGCGGCCUCUCCGGCCAGAGGCCCCUCGGAGCGGGAACCUGCCGGGGCCUAAAGAUGUGGUGCCUUCUCGUGCCUUCCUUUCAGGAGCAAAGGGCCACUGUGGAAUUGCUGGACCACUUGGAGCGCCUGGCGCUGGUGGACUUUCGCAAUUGGGAGGGUGUGGAGCGUCUGGAGAAAGCCAUUGAGUUUGCUGAGCAGCUGCACACAGUUAACACUGACGGAAUCGAGCCCAUGGAGUCAGUAUUGGAAGACAGGUGUCUGUACCUCAGAGACGACAGCGUCACAGAAGGCAACUGCGCUCAGGAGUUACUCGAGAAAGCUAAGCAAACAGUGGAAGAAUAUUUUGUUGCACCACCAGGUAACAUUCCUUUACCAAAGCUGGAAGACAGAGAGACUUUUCUGCAGAAGGAAGAAGCCUAGGCAGACGGACCUACUUCACACGCCACUAUUUACUUGGAUAGUAUCUGGGGUCCAGCCCUUGCAACCGCAUCUGGAAUUACAUCUUUGGCCAUUUUCUCUGUGACAUGACUGCUGUUCGCAUGUUACCCCUGCCCAAAUUUAUUGCAAACUGUUCUUCAGUAUAUGGUAUAUGCUUAUAAUGCCAGAUCUAGUUCCAACAUUAAGUUAUAUUUGAAAUAUGCAGUAUUUCCCCUGUAUUCAAGAUUGAUGUGUGUGUAAAAGUCAGAAGCUGUAAUAGCGUUAAGGGAGCAAGAUGUGUUCAUAGUGUUUGACAGAUCAACAUACGUUUUUUAAAAAGCUAGUAUUUUAGUAAGCAAACAAAAAGCAAACAAACUAUGUGAAACACUCAAUAUGGGUAUACCACUAAGAGGAGUCUCAGAGAAAACAGUUAAGGGAAUUUUUAAUGCUCAGUCAUCUCUGUAUAAAAAUAUAGCCAUUGUACCACUGUCCAGACUUGUUCACUAAACAAUCGGUAUGUGUUUUUUAAAUUGGCCGAUGGUCUUCCGUUUCAGAAUAGGAAGUAAAUGCUAUUAUGGCAUAGAAAUUUAUGUAGGAAACAGACUGGGUUGAAAUGAAAUCCAAUUUCCUGCAUUUUAUUAAACUUUAUGUAUAACACAUGCAGCCUGACCCAAUGUGUACUUGCACAGAGGUCCCACUGACAUCAAUAAAGCUUACAUCCAUACGUGUGCA